AUGAUUUCGGAAGAAGCACAAUGGUUGCUUGCCACCCAAACGAAUGUUUCUGGGUUUACUCUAUGGCUUUUGGACUACAUUUAUACACUUCCCUUAGAGAUAGACAGUGUAUGGUCGAAGGGAUGGAAUGGAACUUCAUUCCUGUUCAUUCUGACUCGAUACAGUCUCCUUGUAUCCCAAAUCUGUUCCAUAAUUGGGAAUGCACCGGGAACUGCAAGCGAUCAUGAAUGCAACGUUCUCGCUAUCUUUACAGAUGCUACUCAAAUCACUGUUGCCUGCACUACCACUUUGGAUAUCAUCCCACAAGUCACGCCAAUUGUGCUAGAGACCAUAAUGCUAGCUCUACUUAUCUGGAGGACCUGGCAGCUUAGAAAAGAGUCACAUAGGUUGGAUAUGAUUAGUAUCACUGAUACUUUACUUCAAGAUGUUUUAACCGCAGCAGGAGAGAUUUGCUCACAUCAUGGUUUAUGCACAGCUAUCAUUGCUAAACCCAGAUCAUGGUUUUUGACGGACAUCUUGAGCCCAUUUCUUCUAGUUUUACCCAACGUCUUAGUGGCACACCUCAUCCUCAACCUCCGCAACUUUCAUGGAGAAUCUCCCUUGAAUGACACUAAUACCCAGGAACUGCCAGAGCUCAAAUUUGCAUCAAACCGCUUCCUUGGAAACAUCGGGGCUCCUUUGAAUCUCAAUCAGUGGGACUCUCUAAUUGAAGGUGGUGAACAAAGUGGCGUAGGAAAUGUUGUAGUGGAUAGAAGAACGGAAGAGCCGACACAAAAUACCAUCGGAACUGGGGGUACAGUGGUCCAUGAUGAUAAUGACAGAGACAUUCAACUGGUGCCCAGAGUAACCAAGCCCAUUUACUCCAUUGGUUAUCAAUGCUGA